UGCUCGCGGCAGCCUGUCUCAGGGUUCUCCUUCAUUUUUGCCCAUUUGUUAUUGUGAGGGUGGCUUUGAUUAAUGUCAGGGCUUGUCACCGAAACUAUUUCCGGCGUUUUUUAUUCAAUCACUGUUGUAUAUUUUCCAUGACAACCUGGAUGUUUGAAUGAUGCAUUUGUGUUGUCUUGUAGCUGGCUAAAAGCCGGGGUUCCGCCCCCUGGCUGUAAUCCUUCCUGGGCUGUUUUUGCAUUCACCUGAAGAUGCCUGCUGGUGUACUGACCUAAUUUGUCUAUUUAUAAGUGGGGCAUAUGAAAAGUCAAUGUUAAAUGUAUUCUUUAAAUAAGGCUUUUGGGGGCCUGCCACUGCCUCAUAACAAUGUCUUGUGAACCUUGAACACUUAGUUGGCAUCAUGUCUAAGCACAGGUCUAAUGCAGGUGGGGUGCAGAAUCCCAGCUGCUUCAAUUGUUAUGCUCUUCUGGGCACCAGAAGUGGCAUGUUGAAAUGGGUGAGGCUGGUAUGUGUGCUGGCCCUUGUGGUGGCAUUGAGCUUUAUAGCUUGGUCAUGGUUCACAAGCAUGUCCAUCAAGAGACAAGGCUAUGCUCUGCCUCUGCAUGCACUAAAGACUCAAUUCCAACAGAAAGAGUUAGAUCCCGGCAGUAGCUCAGCCCUGGUUCCUGUAAAGAAAGCCUGUGCCCAUCUUGACAGCAUCAGAGCAGGAAGUGAAGGCACAACGUUGGCCGGGUAUGAGCUGCGUGCAGCUUUCCUGCUGGUGCGGCACGGCGACCGGGGCCCACUGCUACACGUGCGUAACCUGACUGACCUCGACUGCGCGCUGCGCGGGCCCUACGCCCGCCUGGUGGCCGGCCCGCUGGCGCUCUACUUCACGCCGCUGGAGCGCACCUUCCAGAGUGGUGCCGCGCUCCUGUACGGCCUGGCUGGCGAGGCGGCCCUCUCGGCGAGCACCGCGUACCGCGUGACGCGCGACGUCCACCUGUGCCCGGCCGACGCGCCGGCGCUGGUCGUGUUCGCCGCGCACGACCUGACGCUGAGCGCGGCGCUGCUCAGUCUGGACGUGCGCGCCAUGGCCGUUCAUCAGCAGCCACCGUACGCGGCCCGGCUGGCCAUCGAGGUGUACGCGCCGAGCGCGGAGCACACGCAGAAGGGACUCCAGUUCCGCAUGGUGUACAACGGCGUCGACUUGACGCCGCUGCUGCCCAUGUGCAACAGAAUGGCCGAGUUCCGGUACGGCCUGUGUGGGCUGGCAGCGCUGAUGAACUUCACGGGGCCGGGGUACAUGGCGCCGUUUGACGGACGGUCAUACGAGGAAGCCUGCGACGAUCCCAGCAACUAGGUCGUUUUUUGCGAGGGCUGAAUGAUCUCUUCACGUGAACAAUGGCGAUCACUGAAACCCCCGUUUAGUGUCCUUAAUGGCUACGCAUGAUGGUGGCGCUCCUUGCCACACGAGUCAUGUGGUAUGUAACUGGCGGAACGGAUUGUUGAUAGGUGUCUUGUCAUUUUGCUAUGUAACUGGCGGAACGUCGGAUGACGGAUGUCUAGUCAUUUCGUAAAUGACGCAUUUCAUAUAUUUGAUUUUGUUGGUUUUGGAGUCCUGGGCGCAGGGACAGCGGCCCGGCGUGGCUCUCGUAUGCAUGUAUUACGCCUGCCAGCCGGCUAUUUCAGGUCCAGUUGUGGAGUUGGCGAGUAUUUGCAUCGAUCUCAGGCAGGCACCGAAUCUAUGGCGUGCACCAUUUUACGAUACAACCCUAGCCUGCAGAGCUUGAAACGUUCCUACUGCGUUAGCCAGCUGUAGGCAUGGUUGACCGAUGAGAGCCGGCCGUUUCGGAGGUCCCCUCCCACUGCAUGUGUGGGGAAAAAACAUCCGGGCGCCGUUCCCCGUCCCGCCGGGGCGGCUGCAUUGAUCGGCGUGCCGGGGGGGCGUGGUGUUGUGACCGGUGUGAAACGCUUUGAUGCGUACCUACUUUUGAUCACAGGAUUCGAUUUUUUAGUGUGCUAGCUAUGAAGGUAUUCUAGUCUGCGACGCCGACCGGCUCUGCUCUGUGCGGUCAUAAAUGGUUACCAAGGUAUUCUAGCCUGCGACGCCGACUGACUGGGCUGUGUGGUGAUGCUUGCUUUUAGUUAUUGACCUGUUCCAGUCAGCAACGCCAACUGGUUCUACACCGUGCGGUGAUAGUUUGUUAUUUAACGCUAGAUAGCCGUCAGUCCUGUUUGACUAGUAGCGUUGCGUCGAUCUUAUUGCAUUUUUUCGCAAUGUAUGAACUACUUAUUACUCCGUUGUGUCACAAACAAAUACUUAAUAGUGCAAAUUGGCCUUUUGUGCGUGUCAUACGCCCCAGGCGUUAAUCUGCAGGUGUUGAUAGUCAAUAAAGCAGGCGAUAGUAGACAAU